AUGCCUCUGGCCUUGGCCCUUGUGCUCCUGGGCAGCCUGGGCAGCCCUGGGGGCUGGGGCUGUCUGCAGUGCGACCGGUCUGUGCAGGAUGCCCUGAAGAAGCUGCGCGCCGAGAUCAUCCCCAAGCGCUUCCACAGCGAAGGGCUGGGGGCGCCUCAGGCCCUAAUGCUGGGCAUGGAAGGGCCUUUCUUCGGGGACUAUGCGCUCAAUGUGUUCGUGGGCAAAGUGGCUGUGGAUGAUCUGGAGGCGGUGGUGACCUCUUUCAAGAGGGGAAUCCAGCACAUAAAGAUUAGUUCUCUGACAGAUGGUCCUCUGCUGGAGGAGCUGGUGAACCUUAGGGAGCACGGGAUCAAGGAGCUAAAGAAAGGCCUGCACGCCUAUGAAUCAAAAGCCUGUGAUCAUAAAACCUGCCACUUGUUUCAAGAGGAUGUCUUGGACUGUUUACGUUUUCAGAAAAUCGCUCCCAAAUGCAUCAAAGAAAAGUAUUGCUUCGUCGACGGGCAGCCACGCAUGGUUCUGAAGUUCCAGUCGGACAACCCGAAGAAAACAGCACUGGUGGGCAACAUCAUAGUGGUGGGACUGGCUAUCCUUACCUUCUCGGUCAUCCUGAUUGCGGCUAUGACAUACAGGCAAAACCGAAAACUUCUGCUGAAGUAG